UCUAAUCUCUCUCUUUUGCAGCUUGUAGUCAUAGAGUAGAGUUAGAUGUAAUUUCCUCCGGGCAGCUUCAAUCCCGUCAGACUUGUUAGAGUAAAGAAAGUGACUCAAAGUGACCAUGAAUAAGUUUUCACCUGUGGAGACAAAGAAGAGAAGAGAUUUUAUUCCUUACUUUCUGGGAUUUGUUUUAUUUUUAUACUGCGUGGUUCAUCUCGUUUCAUUCACAGCAACAAGUGCAGCUCAGGAAACUCACUCGGCCCGGAUCCGUCGGGCUCUUGAGAAUGAGAGUGAGUGCAUCUCACCGCAGUCCUCAGAGUUUCCCGAAGCCUUCUUCACGCUGCAGGAGAGGAAGGACGGAGGCCUCGUCAUUCACUUCUUGCUCAUCUUCUUCAUGCUUCUGGCUGUGGCCAUAGUCUGCGACGAUUACUUUCUGCCGUCUUUGGAAGUCAUCAGUGAACGUUUAGGACUGUCUCAGGAUGUGGCAGGAGCCACUUUCAUGGCAGCUGGGAGUUCUGCACCAGAGCUGGUCACUGCCUUUCUAGGUGUGUUUGUGACAAAGGGAGACAUUGGCGUCAGCACCAUCGUGGGAUCAGCCGUUUACAACCUGCUGGGAAUCUGUGGCGCAUGUGGACUCUUGGCCUCGAUGGCAGGGCGUCUCACCUGCUGGCCACUGUUCAGGGACUGCCUGGCAUAUGGCAUCAGUGUUGCUGCUGUUAUCGCGAUCAUAUCUGAUAACAAGGUGUACUGGUACGACGCCGCCGCGCUGCUGCUGGUCUACGCCGUCUACAUCGUGGUCCUGUGCUUUGACCUCCGCAUCAGCGAGUUUGUCCUGAGGAAGCUGAGUCCCUGCUGCACAUGUCUGGCUAAAGAAUCCGAGGCGAAGAACGAGACGCAGCCUCUGAUCGACUGGAACGACGACACCAGUCUGCGAAACAUGGUUCGCUCCAGGACGGACAGCGGCAUCUUCCAGGACGACUCUGGAUACUCGCACCUGUCCCUCAGCCUGCACAACCUCAAUGACAUUCCUGGAGCGGAGCAUAAGAGCGUGUUUGCUGUGCCGGAAAACGACCUGAAACGCAUCCUGUGGGUUCUGUCUCUACCCAUCAUCACGCUGCUCUUCCUCACCGUCCCUGACUGCAGGAGAAGGUUCUGGAAACAGUGGUUUAUGAUCACUUUCCUCAUGUCUGCCGUGUGGAUCUCAGCUUUCACAUAUGUGCUGGUGUGGAUGGUCACCAUUGUCGGUGAGACCCUCGGCAUCCCAGACACAGUGAUGGGACUGACUUUGCUCGCUGCUGGGACCAGUAUACCCGACACCAUUGCCAGUGUGAUGGUGGCCAGAGAAGGGAAAGCCGACAUGGCCAUGUCUAACAUAGUGGGCUCUAACGUGUUCGACAUGCUCUGUCUGGGUCUACCUUGGUUCAUCAAGACCGCCUUCGUGGACACCAACAACCCCGUGGAGGUCAACAGCAACGGACUGCUCUUCACGUCCGCCACACUCCUGCUUUCCAUCGUCUUCAUAUUCGUGGCCGUUCACCUGAACGGGUGGAAGUUAGACUGGAAGUUGGGAAUCGUCUCGCUCAUGUGCUACGUCCUCUUCGCCACCCUGUCCAUCCUGUACGAGUUGGGAAUUAUCGGGAAUAAUCCCAUUAAACUAUGCAGUGACUGAGAUUGGACUUCUGUCACGCUGAAGAGAUAUUUUGAGAGACUCGGUUAAAAGGCUGAAAACAAAAAAAGCUAAGCCUAUAAAUCUUCAAAUGUCAGGUUGAGGAGGUCACACUUGGUGCUCAUCACAUCUUUAAAAGAGAAUGAUCUCUGGUAAAUUUCCACCUGUGGUGAAAUAUUACUGACAGAGAUCAUUUUUACAUGGGUUUUGAAGGAUUCAGACUGGUGCGUUACAUAAAUUGAAGGCCCGUUAUCAAGCCCCGAGAUGUUUACCUUCUGGCUCAACGUCCAUAAAUGGAAACCGUGCUGUUCCGGGAUCGACUGCCAACCUCAAAUAAAUGUAUAAACCGUCAUGUCAGUGACACCAAAUAAAAAAAAAGUGUAAAUGUAACUAAUUUGGCCUUGUCCUUUUGAAGUGUGUGAACGGAUUAAAACAGAAGAGCCAUCGUCA